AUCGAUUUAUUUUCAUCGCUCUAGAAAAUUCUAGCAUUCUAAAACGCAUGGACCGAAGAGCACGUGCUUGGUGUACGUCACUUGUAUCACAGAUUAUAACCUGUCGUAAUAGAGAAACGUACCACUAUUUCCCAUAUUUUGGUGGUUGGUCGAGGUGUUCUGUACUUGUAAUAUUUAUAAAAGGAAUGGCGUUAGUAAAUCAUUUAAAAAAAUUCUCGAGAUCAGUUCUCAAUAUUGCUUCGAAUUAUUCCAAAUAUACAAGCAACACAACGUUGCCUUUUUUACAGACGACAAGGGGAGCAUCAACCACGCAACCGCUUUCAGAAAAACAAGAAGUUAACAUAACGUUUGUUAGAGCAAGUGGAGAGAGAAUCAAAGCAAGAGGGAAAGUUGGAGAUACUAUAUUAGAUAUAGUAGUAAACAACGAGAUUGAUUUAGAUGGAUACGGUGCUUGCGAAGGAACAUUAACUUGUAGUACAUGCCAUUUAAUAUUAUCAAAAGAAGUUUAUGACGCACUUCCUGACAAACCAACGGAUGAAGAAUUAGAUAUGUUGGAUUUAGCAUAUGAAUUGACAGACACGUAAGUUAAUAAUAGUCUAAAUUUAAGAAUUCAACAUCAUAAAUAUUAUUAACUUUAUUAUUUUCAAAUUUUCAUUUUAUUCCUUUAUUUCAUUUCUUUCUUCUAGACUUUCUUGUAGUCUAUGUAAACUUUGUCAAAUAUCUUAUCUUCAUCAUUAGUAUUGGGUACUUCAAACUUUGCAUUUCAAUGUAGAAUUUCAAUCUGCCAGCUUUGAAUUUAAAAUUAUAAUAAAUUUUCAUAGUUUUUUAUUUAUGAGUCUAUCCUUGUUAUAAAUCAAUACACAUAUUAACAUAUCUACAACAUUGCUCUCAAAUGAAUACAAAGUUGUGUUUUAUAAAUUAAUAUUAAUAUUAUAGUAUUUUAUAAAUUGGCUAGGUUUAUAUAACAAUCAAUAUAUUUAUUUAUAUAAUACUUAAUUUUAGGUCACGUCUAGGUUGUCAAAUAGUAAUGACUAAAGAACUAGAUGGAAUUGAGGUAAGAGUUCCAUCAACAAUUAACGAUGCAAGGGCGUAACUAAGAUUGAGUGCUUCAUGACAAUUAUUAAAAUGUUGAUAAUAAAAAAUUUUGCUUCUAAACAUGAAGCUUAUAUAGUAUAAUUGAAAUAUUUUAUAUAUAAUAGUACAAUUUAUGUUAUAUAAAAUUACUUAUUACAUUGUCAUUAUGAAGAAUCUAUACAAUUGUAAUUGAUUUUAACUUUCAAAUAUUUUGAAAACAAAAAAUAUACGUAUAUCAAAAUAUCUUAUUAAGUAUAAAACAUUCUGUAAUUUUUUUACAUUUUGUACUGUUAAUAUUGUAAAUAAGAAUACUUAUAGAUAAUUUUAAAUACUAUUUAAUAACAAUAAUUAAAUGAGGCCAUUGAAUAUAUUAUUUUAUCCUAAAAUUGAAAUUCAAUCGUGUCAAAGAAUGUUAUUUAUUUAAAUUUUAUACAUUAUCGCCUUUCACUUUGAGCAAUAAAAUAGCAAAUUCAAUAUUUUUAAACAAGAAAAAACUUGGUUCUUUUGUUUGAUUUCCCAUUGCUCGCACAUUUAUUAACCACUUGGAAAUAAAAUACUUACGCGUUACGAAAAAUUUAUAAUUUAUAAACUGUUAAACGCUUUACUGAAUUUGAAUUCUGUCGUCUGUUCAGAAUAAUUUAUUAUUUUUUUAAUUAGGUACAUACCAAAUACAUUUAUUAAGUCGGUACUUCUCGUAAGUAUCAGUACAUAAAGCUAAAACACUUUUGUACUAUGCUUGUUAUAUAUAGACCUAAUGAAUAAUUUAACUUGUGUAUUGUCGCUUGUAUAUUUUGUUCACGUGUAAAAUAUUCUAUUUCUACACUUCUUACAAAUUCAAUAUAAAGUGUACAUUAUCAUGAAAUUUACAUAUUUUCACUCGGUUACCCUGCCCAAUUUGAAUGUAAUUCAGUACGUGUGUGAUAUAUUUGUAUAUGUUCUGGAUUUUUAUAUACUAUGUACAUUGAGCCAAUCUUUAUAAAUGCAAAUUUAACGACACGAUAAUAGUGUAAAAUCAAUGAGAAAUUUGUUAUUAAUUUCAUUCUGACAAGUUUUCAUUGAACGAAUUGAGUAAUUUAGCAACAAUUGAGCAAGUGGAAAAUACAAAA